AAGCCGAGCCACGAAAAAGAACAUUUCUAACAUUUCUAUACCUCCUUGCCCCCCUUCUCUCUCUCUCUCUCUCUCUCAUAGUCUCAAUUCAUACGCUAAAAAAAACACCAUUUUCUUCUCUCUCUAACUCUAAUGGAGUCGACCAAGUCGACGACGACAACCAUGACCAAUUUUCCUUACAACUUUUCAUCUCUUUUCCAUCAAAUUUAGCACCAAAAUUCAGACAUUCUUUCAAUUCUUCAAAAAUAAAAUUAAUAUCUGUUUUUGAACUUUUUUGGAUCUUUGAAAAGUUUGAAACAAAAAAACAAUGGGUGAAGAAGAAAAAGGAGAAGUAUCUAACAAGUUGAUUGAAAUAGUAAAUGAAAUAUCAAGCAUUUCGGAGUUCAGAAAUUCAGUAAAAAAACAAUACUGUAAUUUAGCUAGAAGACUUAAGUUGUUGACUCCAAUGUUCGAAGAAAUUCGUGAUAGCAAAGAUAAAUUAUCAGCUGAUUGUAUGAAAUCGUUGAUAUGUUUGAAAAAUGCUCUUGAAUCUGCUAAGGAGUUGCUUAAAUUUGGUAGUGAAGGUAGCAAGAUUUAUCUGGUGCUAGAAAGGGAGCAUAUCAUGAAUAAAUUUCAAGAGCUUACAUCUCAGCUUGAACAAGCUUUGAGUGGAAUUUAUUAUGAAAAGCUUGAGAUAUCUGACGAAGUUAAAGAACAGGUUGAACUUGUCCUUUCUCAGUUCCGAAGAGCCAAAGGAAGGGUUGAGACACCUGAUGUUGAACUGCAUGAAGAUUUGCUAUCUCUUUAUAACAGGAGUAAUGAUGCCGCUGUAGAUCAGGCUGUCCUAAGGAGGUUAGUUGAUAAGCUACAGCUGACUGAGUUAGAUGACCUUAAACAAGAAUCACUAGCUUUGCAUGAAAUGGUCAUUGCUACUGAUGGAGAUCCCGAGGAGAGAAUAGAGAAGAUGUCAAUGCUACUAAAGAAAAUUAAGGACUUCGUACAAACUGAGAAUCCAAACAUUGAUUCUUAUGCAAGGGAUAAGUCUUCAACUGUUAGUGGACAAGCAUCUGCAGACAGAAGCCAGAAGGUCACAGUUAUACCAGAUGAUUUUCGUUGCCCUAUAGCCCUGGAGUUGAUGAGAGAUCCUGUCAUUGUUUCAACUGGGCAGACCUAUGAACGCUCUUGUAUUGAGAAGUGGCUGGAAGCUGGACAUAGCACUUGUCCCAAGACCCAACAAGCCCUCACAAGCAAAUCUCUGACACCCAACUAUGUGUUGCGUAGCGUUAUAGCACAGUGGUGUGAAGCAAAUGGGAUUGAACCACCCAAAAGACCAGGCAGUUCUCAACCCAACAAGUCUGCAUCUGCAUGCACCCCUGCUGAACACUCGAAGAUAGAAAAUCUCCUGAGAAAGCUCAAAUCAGGAAGCCCUGAAGAGGCACGUUCCGCUGCAUGUGAAAUCCGCCUUCUUGCUAAGCGUAAUACUGAUAAUCGUGUUGCAAUAGCUGAAUUGGGUGCCAUUCCUCUGCUCGUCCAUCUUCUAUCCACACCUGAUUCUCGAACUCAAGAGCAUGCCGUUACAGCACUUCUUAACCUUUCCAUAUGUGAGAACAAUAAAGGAAACAUUGUAAAUUCAGGGGCAGUGCGUGGUAUUGUGCAUGUACUCAAGAAUGGAAGCAUGGAAGCACGUGAAAAUGCAGCAGCCACCCUUUUCAGCCUUUCAGUUAUUGAUGAAAAUAAGGUCACCAUUGGUUCUUCAGGAGCAAUUCCUCCGCUUGUGGCAUUAUUAAGUGAAGGUACACAACGGGGAAGGAAAGACGCAGCUACAGCGCUUUUCAAUCUAUGCAUUUAUCAAGGGAAUAAGGGCAAGGCAAUAAGGGCUGGAGUCAUACCUACACUGAUGCGACUGCUCACAGAACCUCAAGGUGGUAUGGUUGAUGAAGCACUUGCUAUUUUAGCAAUCUUGUCGAGUCACCCAGAAGGGAAAGCAGUUCUUGGAGCUGCAGAAGCAGUUCCUGUUUUGGUGGGUGUGAUCUCAAAUGGUUCUCCCAGAAACAAAGAAAACGCAUCUGCAAUUUUAGUACACCUCUGCUCUGGCGACCAACAUCAUCUGGUCGAAGCGCAUCGACUUGGUUUGACGGGUCCUUUGAUGGAUUUAGCACAAAAUGGCACAGAAAGAGGCAGAAGAAAAGCAACCCAAUUGCUUGAAAGAAUGAACAGGUUUGCUGAGCAGCCGAAACAGCCUCAGGCACAAACCGAGUCUCAAACUCAUAACCAGCUGUCGCGAUCACCACCCUCAUCUACUAAUGCCAUUGACAGUUGAACGCUGCCAAACCGAGUCUCAACUAAAUGCUUAUCAUUUGUAUUUCUAGUUAGCAUGGCUUUUCGUUCUUGGUUGUAUUCUAAGCAGUUGAUGACAUUUAGCAUGGUUUUAGAGAAAGGGGUGGGGUGAGGGAAAGGUGGAAGAUCACCUAUCCUGUUUGUUCAUUAAGUUAUUUUAUUUUCUUGGGUUAAGGGGUAUAGGCCGUGGAAUGAGGGUUAAACUUGAAAACACAUAGAAACUGAAAAAUUGGCAUGCAAAAGUGUCUGAUGUAUUCUAUGCAGUAACAGUUGUACAAGUGUAAUCUUCCUCAGUUUUUAACGAAGGAGAUGGUUUCCA